CUGGUAGCUUUCUACUGCCGCAUUGUUGGUCACUUCGCAAAAGGGGAGCAGAAAAUUUAAUAGCAACCGCUGGGUUCUCGGGGCAUUUGAAGAAGUGGAAGGCUGCCCGAGGGCUUGCAGAGCAUGGAAAUUGAUUUUGACGACUCUCCUCGUUUCCUCGACUUUAUUCUUGCCCUAUUCUCUCGCUUUCGCACCAAGAUGUCUGCGUCUGGUGAUUGGGGCCCGACGCCCAAAGGCAUGGACCUGACAGAAAACCAAACGAUGAGCAUUCUCGUUACUGUCAUUACGAUCAUGGCACUUGGCAUCCUCUCCGUGAUCCUCAGGCUUGUGGCUCGCCUUAAAUCUGGAAACAGCCUUGCUGUCGACGACUACACAAUUGUGCUGGCUUUGAUCUUUGCUAUAGGGACAGCAGUCUUGUGCUUUACCAGUAUUCAGGAGGGAGGAGGGAAGCACCUGUGGAUUAUUACUUUCGAAGAGUUUACCCGUCUUUGGCAGAUGGCAUACGCCUUUGUAUUGAUCUACGCGACUUGCGUUACUCUCACAAAGGCCUCUAUCCUUCUGUUCUAUCGACGACUGUUCGGUAUCAACUUGGCCUGGAAGAUCAACAUGGCACUAGUCCUUGGCUACUGGGUGGCUAUCAUCAUCGCAUGGCUGAGCGGAUGCCGCCCUGCGUCAUACUUCUGGGAGCAAUUCACGAAGCCAGACGCGCAGGGAUCCUGUAUUGAUACUUCACUGUUCUACUUUGUCAACGGAAUCUGCGCCAUGCUGAUUGAUAUCUUGAUUCUUUUGGUGCCGAUCCCAACGAUCAUCAAACUCAGAAUGCGCCGCUCUCAGAAAGUCGCUGUCUCUGGUAUCCUCCUACUAGGCGCCUUCGUUUGCAUCGCCAGCAUCCUUCGAAUCGUAUCCAUGGACCAUCUGGUCAACGCCGAAGACUUCACGUGGGCCAUGGGACAAGUCUUCAUUUGGUCCUGCUGCGAGCCAUUUAUCGGAAUUGUCUGCGCCUGUCUGCCCACCUACGGCCCCCUAUUUCGAAAAUGGUGGCAAACCAUCAACACCUCCGUCGGCAGUGGCGAACAGAACAGUGGCUCUGGGAGCCGUGGUAUUGAUCUGGAGAACACCCAUGUCCGGAACAACCUGGAGAGACGUGAAUUCCGGCGCCUGCACAGUAGCAACCUUAAUCUGCGCGACGAUGAAUUUGAGCUUACCAACGAAAUAUCGGGAGGCAAGAAGAGUGUCCUUCGCGGCGAAGUGAGCGACGAGGACAUUGCCUAUGGCGCUCGCGACAUUACUGUGGUCAAAGAUACGUGGGUGACCAACUCAAAGGCUACAUAGAAGCCGCUACCUGGGACUCGGUUCUGUCAAUGAACUACAUUUCUUCAAGUGUCUGGCCUCGCUAAAACCAGUGUACGAAAGAGCAACAGACCAGACGAAGCUAGCCUAAGUAUUCUCCUUCUUCCAUAGUGCAGUGACGCGGGAGCAACCCUUAGGCACACGGGAGGAUGCCAGAGCGGUAAGGAGGGGUGCAUUGUGACCCAGAUAUCGUGGGCAUAUUCUCACUCGGCUUGUGACUGCCGUGAUAAGAAAAAAAAGGGGUCUGCCACUGGCUCGCAAAGUUUCAGACCUUGUGUUUGCAUACGCGCCUC